AAGUGAAGAACAAAGAUGUUUAUUUUUGUGUAGUAUAGCAACGGAAGCUUCGAAUGUACAUAGAAUUUGUUUAUGAAAUUUCGUAGACCAAAUGCAUAAAGAUGGUUAUGUGUGGCAUGAUAGGGUGCUCUAAACGAUCUGGACGAGACAAAGUUUCUUUCUAUCGGUUGCCUGGAACACAGAGAUGUUCAGAUCCUACAAAGAAAGAACUUCAGUUAGUGAGAAGAGCUGUUUGGUUGACACGAAUUUGUCGGAAAGAUUUAAUUGAUGACGAAAAAAAAUUGAAGAACUUCCGGAUUUGUAACAGACAUUUUAUCCGUAAUGAGCCAGCUGCCUUAAAAGAUAUAAAUGACCCAGAUUGGGCACCUUCUUUAUUCCUUGGACACAACUAUUUCCAGCCAGACAAACAGGGCAAAGGAAAAAGUGGAAAUGAAAUAGAAGAUAUUUUAUAUGAUCCAGUCAAAGGAAGAAAGUGGCAUCCUUUAUUAGAACAAAAGAAGUAUUAUGAAGAAGUACGUUGUGAUGAAGUAAUUGAUAUCAUAGAAUGGCGUUCAUCUUUAGAGAAGAAAAGGAUGAAGGCUUCGAGCAUAGAUUCAGAAGAUACUAAUGAAUCCUCAAAAGAUGGAAAACACUGCAAUUCUAGUUCUCCAGUUACCAUCAUAUAUUUAAGAGGCGAAUUGAGUUGACCUUAAUGUAAUCCAUAUUUUUAACUUGUGUGUCCACAAAUGUAAAUUUUGUAUAUAUUUGAAGAGCAUUAAUAAAAUUAUACUGCAUAUGUAAA